UCGCUUGUCCACCACAGCUUAAUUUUUUUUUCUCUUUUCCUUAACAGCGAGAGAGACCAGACCCGCUCUUGAGAAUUACUAUCGCUCUUUGCUGACGGCUUGGUCUUGCGUUGGAUUGCUGUCGUUUUCUUCUACCUGUGAUUAUUCUACUGCAAAACUGGACUCUCUUCCUUUUCGAUUCAAAGGGUCUAGCGGUGCCAAUAUGGCGCCCACCCAGACUGCGCAUCACCACCGGUCGACGACCAAGCAAACCCACAAGCCGUACAAGACCAAGCAUGCCUCCAAGAGUGCGCUGAAGGAUAAGGAUAAGGGCAAGGUCGAGCGGGGUACUCGCAAGACCCCUCACCAGCAGCUCAAGUCGAAACUCGAUCGCAGAAACCAGGCUCGCCAGAAGCAACAAGUCAAGCACCAGGAGAAGGCCCAGGCCCUCAGCGUUUUCGCCGGACAAAAUGGUGCGCCCCGUCAUGUCGCAGUUGUGCCGCUUUCCGUCGAUAUCGAUGUUUCUUCGGUCAUCCGCUCAUUGAACGAGAGUGUGGACGUUUCCAGCGAUGUUUCUUCCGACAACCUUACCCGCGUGCGCGUGGACAGAUUCCGACAGAGUGUGCAGUAUAUGCCGGCGAAAUUCGACUUGAUGAACGCCCUGGAUGUGUCCCGCAUGGCCGAUUUCGUGGUGUUGGUUCUGUCCGCCGAGGUGGAGGUUGAGGAACAGGGACAGCUCCUGUUGCGGUCGAUUGAGAGCCAGGGUAUCUCCAACGUUAUUGCUGUGGUUCAGGGUCUCGAGAAAAUCAACCCGCCCAAGAAACGCCUGCAAGUGGUCUCCUCGCUGAAGUCGUUCAUGAACCAUUUCUUCCCAUCAAUCGACAAGGUCCUUUCCGCGGAUUCGAGACAGGAAUGCUCCAAUGCCAUCCGAUCUAUUUGCACCGCAACCCCCAAGGGAAUCCGCUGGCGUGAUGAGCGGAGCUGGAUGCUCAUUGAAAAUGUCCAGUGGCCAGAGGCCGCAUCGGACGUGGUGGACGAUGUGGUUGUGACUGGUGUCGUUCGUGGCAAGGGUCUCAAGGCGGACCGUAUCACUCACAUCCCCGGCUGGGGUGAUUUCCAAAUCGACUCGAUCACAGCUGCCCCGCUGGCCAGUGCACGACCCAAGCGCGACGAUGCCAUGAACGUUGAUGACAGCGAAGGCCCCCAGGUUUUGGACGCGCCCACUGCGGAUCGUGAUGAUAUGGCUAUUGUGGCACCGGAAGAAAUCGAAAUGGAUGAUGAUAUGGGAUCCGACAUUGAGCCCGAGACCGAACGAAAGGGUGUCCUUUUGGAUGAUCACCACUACUUCUCGGACGAUGACGCCCACAUCCCAGCCAAGCCUAAGAAGCUUCCCAAGGGAACAUCAGAGUACCAAUCCGCCUGGUUCUUGGAUGAUGUUUCAUACUCCGGCUCUGAUAUGGAGGACGAUGACGAGGAGGAAAUGCAGAUGGACACUACAGGAGCACCUGAAGAUGGAUUCUUUGCCGACAAGACCGAUGCCAUGACUGAAGCUGGAGCUACUGAGUACCCCCAGUCCGAGAUGUUCGUCGAUCAGUCACCAGAUGAUGAGGCCCAGCAACUGGAGGAAUACCGGGCUAGCCGAAAGACCGAAGCAAAGGAAGCCAACGAAGAUCUGGAGUUCCCUGACGAAAUCGAGCUCCAUCCCAACGUCCUCGCACGAGAGCGAUUGGCACGAUUCAGAGGAUUGAAGAACUUCAAGCUCAGCACCUGGGAGACAUCGGAAGAUCGCCCCCACGAACCGGAAGAUUGGCGCCGACUGCUCCAAUUCUCCGAUUACAAGGGUUCCAAGAACAGAACCAUCAACGAAGCUCUCGUUGGCGGUGUCACUCCCGGAACCCGUGUGAACGUUCACCUCCGCGCGGUGCCAUCUGCCCUCCGCAACCGUCCCCAGCCCGCGUCGCUCUUCUCCCUGCUUCGCCAUGAACACAAGCACACCGUGGUCAACGUCAACAUGGUGUUGAACUCCGACAUCGAGGAGCCCCUCAAGGCCAAGGAAGAGCUCGUUGUCCAAUGCGGACCACGCCGCCUGAUUGUCAACCCCAUCUUCUCCGACGGAGGCAACACCCCCAACAACGUGCACAAAUACGACCGAUACCUGCACCCCGGCCGCAGCGCCAUCGCAAGCUGGAUCGGCCCUCUCACAUGGGGCGCCGUCCCGGUCCUUGUUUUCAAGAACAUGCCCACCAAGGACCCCGAAGUGCUCGCAGACGACGACGAGAACCAACCACAGACCGACAACCUCGAGCUCAUUGGAACAGGCACCGUCGUUGCCCCCGACCAGGCGCGUGUCGUUGCCAAGCGUGCCAUUCUCACCGGUCACCCGUACAAGAUCCACAAGAAGGUCGUUACCGUCCGGUACAUGUUCUUCAAUGCCGAGGACAUCAACUGGUUCAAGGCCAUCCAGCUGUGGACCAGGAGAGGCCGCAGCGGAUUCAUCAAGGAGAGUCUCGGUACUCACGGGUACUUCAAGGCUACCUUCGAUGCCAAGAUCAACCCGCAGGACUCGAUUGGACUCAGUCUGUACAAGAGAGUCUUCCCCAGGAAAUCUCGGGCUUUGGAAGAUGUUUCCGCUUAAGUUGGGAGAUGAUGAGGUAUCUUUGCUUCUUUGUGAAUAUACAGGGGGUACUUUAUUUGGCAUAAGGUUUGGAGGAUGAUAUGAUACCACAGAGUCACUUUGAUGAAUUGACGAAUUCAUAUGGCUCUCUUGAUGAUAUUUCAAAAAGCAUUUCGAGAUUAUAUACAUAGACACAAAGUACUAGGCUAGGUUUAAUGAGUUACGAUUUUCUACUCUCUUAGGACAAAUUCUGUUAUAUAUUUGACCUCGGUAAGAU